CAUGUUGUAAUAGGAAAGGUGCAUCAAUAGAUUUGUCUUAAUGUUGCUGAUUUUACGACAUAGCCUACUUCUUCAGCCUAUAUAACCUCCAUUACCAAGACAUUUGGUUUCAUUCAAGUCAACAAACGGUAAGACACUUGUACUUUCGAUUUGAUUAGGGAAGAGGAGCAAAUGUCGAGAACAACUAAUCUACGUUACUACUGAGAAAUUUUCGGAUUAAACCUGCAUCUACUUUAAACAGUAGCUCGCCAUGGAUCUGGAAAACCUAUCAUUGUAGUGGGGCUCUACCGCACAUUUGACAGAGAACAUGUUGUACCAGCCAGUAGGAACUAUGAUGAAUCUACCUUCAGAGUAAAUUGUCUGUUCUAUGAAGGCAGUGGAAUUCUCAACUGUGAUCAGAAUACCGAAGCAAUCAAUCAAACAUCAAAGAAACUAAAGGCAUUCAAGAAAAAGAACAAGAGUCUUAAUGAAAUGGAGUCCAAAACACCAACAAGGAAAGCGAAGAAAAACAAGGGUUCUCGUGAAAUGGAGUCUAAAACACCAGCAGAGAAAGAGAAGAACAAGGGUCUUCAUUUUAGGGUGCCCAAAACACAAAUAAAGGUAUAUGUGACCACAUAUGGAAAUACAAUGAAUUCCGACACGGAUUUUCUGGAUCGCCUUUCUUCACAACGCAAAAUAGAGAAAGUGGACGCUAAGGAGUGCCAUGUAAUACUGGCAUUCUGUCCAAUUGUUUCUCGAGCAGGAACUGACAUCGAAGCCGCUCUUGGAGACUUAAAAGCUCGCCAUGGAUCUGGAAAACCUAUCAUUGUAGUGGGGCUCUACCACACAUUUGACAGAGAACAUGUUGUACCAGCCAGUAGCAACUAUGAUGAAUCUACAUUCAUAGUAAAUUGUCUCUUCUAUGAAGGCAGUGGAAUUCUCAACUGUGAUCAGAAUACCGAAGCAAUCAAUCAAACAUCAAAGAAACUAAAGGCAUUCAAGAAAAAGAACAAGAGUCUUAACGAAAUGGAGUCCAAAACACCAGCAAGGAAAAAGAAGAAGAAGGGUCUUAAUGAAAGGGUGCCCAACACACAAAUAAAGGUAUAUGUGACCACACAUGGAAAUACAAUGAAUUCCGACACGGAUUUUCUGGAUCGCCUUUCUUCACAAUGCGAAAUAGAGAAAGUGGACGCUAAUGAGUGCGAUGUAAUACUGGCAUUCAGUCCAAUUGUUUCUCGAGCGGGAACUGACAUUGAAGCCGCGCUUGGAGACUUAAAAGCUCGCCAUGGAUCUGGAAAACCUAUCAUUGUAGUGGGGCUCUACCACACAUUUGACAGAGAACAUGUUGUACCAGCCAGUAGGAACUAUGAUGAAUCUACAUUCAGAGUAUAUUGUCUGUUCUGUGAAGGCAGUGGAAUUCUCAACUGUGAUCAGAAUACCGAAGCAAUCAAUCAAACAUUACAGAAACUAAAGAAACUCCAGAAAGAGAAGAAAAACGAGGUUUCUCGUAAAAUGGUGUCCGAAACACCAGCAGAGAAAAAAAAUCCUCUACACAAAAAGAAGAACAAGGGUCUCAAUGAAAGGGUGCCCAAAACAAAAAUAAAGGUAUAUGUGACCACACAUGGAAAUACAAUGAAUUCCGACAAGGAAUUUCUGGAUCGCCUUUCUUCACAGCGCGAAAUAGAGAAAGCGGACGCUGUAUGUUUGAAGAACAUGUAGGAAUAAUAUGGUAAAAGGGAGAAAUGUUGACACAACAUAACUAAAGAUUUCCCCCCGCAGAAAGAGAAGAAAAACAAGGGUUCUCGUGAAAAGGAGUCCAAAACACCAGCAGAGAAAGAGAAGGAAAAUAAGGGUUCUCGUGAAAAGGAGUCCAAAACACCAGCAGAGGUAAAUUAUGUAUUUCAUAUCUAUGACUCUAGGUGCAUGUUCUGUAUGUGUGAAGAACAUGUAGGAAUAAUAUGGGAGAAGGCAGAAAUGUUGACACAACGUAAGUAAACUUUCCCGCAAGAAAGACGAGAACAAGGGUUCUGGCAAAAGGGAUAACAAUGUUUAAGUACUUUAAAAGGAAAUUUUAUACUAUUUCAUGAUUUUUUGCUUUCUCAUGAAUAAACAAAUGCUUUAAUGUACUGACAGUCAGCAGCGCAGGUUACAUUGGCAGCAUUUAAAGGUGCAGUCUGCAAUUCCAGUCCAAUACGUGUUCACUGUGCAUGCACCAGAUUUAGUUGUGUUGCUGUUACUAUGGCAACAGUGAAAAUGAACAGAGGUUGCAUUGAAGGAGAAACGUCAGUGUUGACAUUAUACAGGGCAGGACUCCCAGUUACAAAUACGCCAUGUUUAGCGUUACGGAUUCCCUCCUAUGUCCCCCAUUGAUUUUCCUGUCAGUGAUUUUUCUCCUCUUAUAAUGUCUGGCUCAAAUAUCAGCAAUGUUUCACGGAAUUUGUGGACUCGAUCUGAGGAAAAUGUGGACCAUUCUAGUGCAGGCCACACUUGACAGCAGGUGUCAUAGUUUCAGUUUUUUCCCCACUUCCUGUUUAAUUCAUUAAGUGGUACAGUGUUAUACAAACAAGAAUAAGAGACAUUUCAAGGCAAAUGUAAGACCUUAAUUACUGAAGUAUAUGUUGUUUAGAAAGGCUUGAAGAAACGUUUAAUUCUAGAUUCCUAGCUAGGCUUUGUCAAUACUUGCUUGUAGUAUUUGCUCACGCAGCCUCCUGUAGAAAGGUCGAGUUCAGUUAAUCAUGGUUGUUUUGGGAAGGAAAGACUAACGAUGUUUUGCAUUUUACACAAAGACACUUUGGGGUGAGUUAUAUCUGCAGACAUAUCUGAAUUUUCUUUUAAAAAAAUGAUUUGGCAAGAGGAGUUGGUGAUGUGUGUUGGUGACGCCUAACUACAUCCACCACAUCCAUUCUCUGUCCCCUUUUCCAUAGAGUACUACCAGGAUGGAGGAGAAUCAACAAAAAGGAAAAAACAAAGGAAGGGGAUGUUCAAUCUUAUAAUGUUAUCUUAGCUUUAGCAUAAGAAAGUUCACUGUACAUACAAAAUGUAUCAGUUGCAGUCUAUACUCUUAUAUAUGUUUGUACAACAGGAAUGGAGACCUCAGUUUUAUUACAAUGAGUGUAUUUACAAUGAUGCACAUUCAGGAAGAGAGAACAUGGGUUCACACAAUGAUUAACCAGCUUCUCUGAUUAGAGCAGAGAAAGUCUCAGUUGAAGUAUCCUAGGUCUGAUAGGAGAGGGGAGUGUUAAUCACAGAGCUUGGAUCACGUGGGCCACCCUGAGUCCAGAUACUGAUGCAGGACAUGCACUCAGGAGUUAGAGCGAUCUGAUGACCUUCGAGACCAAAACACCCCAGUGCUUAUCACUGAGAAACACAGAGGCACACCGAUAAAAAUGGCACAUUCAGAAACACACUGACAUCUGCUUAACCCUACUUGUAAUUAUGGGAAACAUAAAGGCAUAUGAGUAGAAUAAUGAGACAUAUUAUAAGACUUCUCUCUCAACUCUGAACGUAAAACGUACUGAUAUAGUCAUUGAUAUCACAAUGAUCAUUAAAUAAAAUAAUAAUAUAAUAAUUAUGGGUGAUCAAAAUCUAAUUCCAUAAAACUUCAACACACUCAAACAAAUAACCUCAAUAUCUCAAUAUCACGUUAUUACAGACAUUAAUUGACAAGGCAAUGCUUUCCCAGGCUGUCUCGCUCUGACAGUAAGAUAGAGAGCACUAGUUUAAACAGGAGUUUACACAUCAGAUACUCCAAUCGGCUGUUGCCAGGGCCAGAUCUUUCUUACUCUUUCUUCUGUAAAUGGAGAGGUUUUAUUUAUUUUCUCUAAUGUAAGUGAAACCUUUGUGACUCACCUUUGCCAAGCCAAGUAACCGGUAUUAAUACAUAGUAGCAACAGUGUUUUUUUUUUCAAAUAGUACAUGACAAUGAUCAGACAUAUUGGUCAAUAAAUAUGUGCCUACAUGAAUUAUCCUUUCUUAAUCAAUGUCAGUCUUGUCGUCAACAGCUUCAUCAGUGUAGUGAUUUGAUGUGUAUAAAAUUGAUACCUUUUCAUCUCAGCUGUGGUCUGUGUGUGUCAUUUGCCCAAAGCAAAACUUGGUCAUGACCUUGACCUCUAAAGCAUAUGCAGCAAGAAAUGAAUGUGAAAGACACUGAAUCACAAAUAUGAUUUAAAAACAUAAGGCAUGAAACAUUCUUUAAAAAAAGUUCAAAAUGAAAAUCGAUACAUGGCUCUCAUGGUAUACUAUCACUAAGAACUUCUAGAAAGUUCUAGAAAUGUGUGUCAGAUAAAGCUAACCUCUUCCAUUAGUGCAUAUAUUUCCAUUGAUUUGAUUUAUCUGUUGUUGUUCUUCCUGAAACCUGAAAACCGUUACAAAGUCAUGAAAUCACAACAUUAAAGUCAGAUCACUGUUGCAUGCAUGCGUUUAUACCACCAAUGCUGUAAACCUGAAUAGGCAGAAAUUAGUACUUUCUCUACAUGCAAAAAGCCUCUUAAAGUACCUGUCAAUAUACUGCUCAGAAGAGAUGUUUAUGGGCUUGUUUAUCUCCACCUGAUAACAAAGAUGUAGCCUUUUCAUUUUGUCACACAUUGUAUACAUUACCCAUUAACCUUCAUUUCAUGACCUUUAGACGUAGGUGUGCUGGUAAGGGAUUUUGCUCUUCCGGACCAAAAAGCAAAAGCAGUGUGUUUUAUGUUUAUGGUCACUGAAGAUACAGAGAUAGUGGUUUAGCUUAGUUAAAAAGCUAACUACAUUAGAUAGGCGUUAAAGAUGUCUGCAUAGUGGUAUGGACGCCUACUCUUGCCAGCCAUUCUGGGUAUAAAAUAAAAUCGCUUACUGCCCUGGCUGUUAUCCUUUUAUAGUCUGAAGUAGGAGAAUGUCUCCUGCACAGAUAAUCAGUCACCAGGUGAGAGUCUCAAAUACAGGGGAGUCCUCUGUUUUAAAAUUUGGCGCGUGGGAGAGGAGGCUUUAAAUGAAACCAAAAACCUAAUUCGCUAGCCUGAAGCCUGAAAUUCAGUUUCAUUCUUCGUAUUAUUGGUGCCUGCCUGAGGAAGAAGUAACAAGGUUCAGUAAGGCUUUGCCCAACAGAAUAAAGAAUGGCGAAAGUAUUUUUCGUCUUUGCUGAAAACACUCUGAACACCCAGGCACAGUUUUGGCAGCGCCUGGUCAGAAGAGGUACCAAUGCGGUGAAAGUGGCCAACGUUAGAGACUGUGAUGUGACCUUUACAUUCUGUCCAAUCGUCUCACGAGUUGGAACUGAUGUAGAGGCAGCCGUCCAGCUGAUUCCUACAACUAGACCUGGAGUCCUGGUAUUACUUCACCCGACCUUUAACCCAGAGGAAAUAGUCCCAGACGCCAGCAGAUUUGUACGCCGUGAUGACAUCCUGACUGUCAACUGCUUGUUCCACGAGAGCGAGCUACUGAACAGUGACUGCAAUGACAAAGCGUUUGAAAGUGUUUCCCGUUACUUAAUGAGCUUCCAGAGGGGAACUCCCUCUCAAAGCCAAAACCAUCAUGUUGUCUAUGAUAUUCCUCUUCUACCUCAGAAUCAAAACCAUGGUUGCCUUUAUUCAAUAUCACCAAAACUUCGCAUGUAUCACGUGCUGCUGAUAGCUGGCAUAGUAUUUUUUGGCAUCUCGAUUUUCAUCUGGAUUAUGACAUUGCUCUAAAACAAGCGCCAUUAAGGACGUCUCAUUUUGUUAAAUGCUCUCAGAGGAGCUGAGGAAUGAGGUGAGAUGUGAAGAAAUAGUGGAGCGUUUUCAAUUGGAAUGCCUGACAUAUGGCCAGAGGUGGAAAUUCCCCUCCUCUUUACAUCUGUCAACCUACAAUUUAAAAUAACAUGUAGUGGUUUAUGAACAAAAAUAAAUGAUUAGUCAAAACCAA